UGAGCACCGUUCAAAACAAAGAUGGCAACGGACCGGAUGAUGAAGCAGCACUGAAUUCUAACGUUUGUGUGGAAAAUGGGAAAAAGUGAAGUCGAAAAAGCACCUAGUGCACCCAAAACCAAGAGAGAAAAAAUAUAUUCCCCUACUAAGGUUAUAAUCCGCCGUCUCCCUCCAUCGUUUACCGAAGAGCAAUUGAAAGAAGAACUUGGAGAGUUUCCUGAGCAUGACUUUUUCUAUUUUGUUGGCAGUAACAUGAGCUUUGGUCCUGUUUCUUUUUCAAGGGCAUACAUCAACUUUAAAAAUAGAGAGGAUAUAAUCAAGUUUAGAGAUCAAUUUGAUGGGUACUGCUUUGUGGACAGCAGAGGUGUAGAAUAUCCUGCUGUUGUGGAAUAUGCUCCUUACCAAGCUGUACCUAAAAAGAAAGUCAAAAAAGAUCCAAAGAUUGGAACUAUUUUGGAAGAUCCUGACUACAAGGUUUUUCUGGAAUCACUGAACAAAGAUGAGGAGCCUCCCCCAAGUGUUGAGGCUCAUUUGGAGGAGAUUGAAGCUAAGAAAUCUUCAUCCAGUGCAGCAAAAAAGAGUACUCCAUUACUGGAGUACUUGAAGAUGAAGAGAAGUCCUCGUGGAAGGCCUUUGUCAUCUCGGAAUAUUUCUGACAAGAAGAGAAGGCCCGACCGAGAGGAACUACCGAAGUCGCCGAAGAAAUCGUCGAAUUUGUCUUCCAGCAAAGAUUCUGGUGGUAAAAGUGGCAGCCAUCCGCCAAAGGAGGAAAAGCCUAAAGACGACAGGAAAGAUGCAAAUGCCAAAGAAGGAACUCGAAAAAAAGAUGAGCAGGAUAGAAAAGGCAGCAAAGACACAAAGGCAUCAUUGUCUUCCAAAGAGAAGUCUGAUUCAAAAUCUCCUGCGAAAGGAAAAGAGGAAAAGGGUCGACCUGAAUCAGGAAGAUUCGGAAGGAGGUCCGACAGCCGACGCUCCGACGAAAGACGACCAGAAGACAGACGAAAUAGCAAUCGUAGAGACCGAAGAGAUACUGGUGAUAGUUCCGGAAGCGAUCGAGUACGUGACGAUCGCUCCCGAAAAGAAAGCGGGAGUGACGGAAGCGGGCGACGCGAUCGAAGACCAGAGAGUCGACGGGAUUCGCGACCAUCUCGAGAACCCGAAGAUAAGCCGAAAGGAAGAGAGCCCUUACCUAAAGCAAGCGAUGCUGAUAAGGGCGGGAAAAGUGGUGGGGAGAAAGAGAAGGAACAGAUGAAAACCACAUCAAAGGCAAAUGAAACGGAGAAAAACAGAAAGGAGGAAGACAGCUCAGUAGUUGGUGAUGCAAAACCCUCCAGAGAAGAAGAGAAGGGAGCGGCCAAAGACGAGAAAGUACGAAGCGAAGAGGAGACGAGUAGGCAAAGACGAUUACGAAACAAGGAUCGUCCUGAUCGAGCCAUUUAUCAGCCAAGAUCAGCUUCACGAGGAGCAGGCUCUAAAAGUGACGCUUCUAAAGGAACUGAAUCAUCAGAAAAAGAAAGAGGCAAGGACUCCAGGACCAAGGAGAAGAAUCGUGAAGCAGAACGUGAAAGUAGAAAGAACCGUGAUGAUAAACCACGCGAUCGAUAUCGUGACGAUCGAAGAGAGCGUGACAGAGACCGUGACAGAGAUCGACGAAGCGAUCGUGAUAGAGAUCGUGAACGUGAUCGUCCGCGAGAAAAGGCGCGUGAGCGUGACCAGGACCAAACUGAAUUCACGAAAGAAGAACGAGACGAGCGGAAAAAAGCUGAAGCCAACGAAAGCGUCUCCGACGAAACUAAGACAACAACUUGUGAAUGAAAAACCAUCAAUCCUUGUUUUUAAUCUUGACGCCAAGUGCUAGUAACAAAGACUCCUCCGAAAAAAGGAAUACUCGAUAAUGCCACUUUAAAAUUGCAUGUUUAGACCCUUUUUUGCAACCGUUACGUCAGCAGUUAUGUGCAUUUAAAAAUAUAAAUCUAAUUAUUGACGACAUAAAAAACAAUUUUUCUUGCUUAUUGUUUAGGAGUUUAACUUUUAAACAGAGCUAGCGUACAACAGUGACUUACAAUUCCAUGAAACUGGUGAGUUUCUGGCCGUAGUAAAACUGUGCGCGCGCUA